AUGGACGCCGUCUCCAAGCAGCCGGUCUCGGUUGCCAUCGAGGCCGACCAGAUGGCUUUCCAGAUGUACAAGAGCGGGGUCCUCACCAAGACCUGCGGCACGAAGCUUGACCAUGGCGUCUUGGUGGUGGGCUACGGCACCGAGGAUGGCAAGGACUAUUGGCUCGUGAAGAACUCCUGGGGCUCGACCUGGGGCAUGGAGGGGUUUGUGAAGCUCGAGCGCGGCAAGCCGGGCCCCGGGGAGUGCGGGAUCAAGUCUCAAGCCUCCUACCCGGUGGUCUCUGGAAAGCCCGGGCCUUCGCCUUCCCCAUCGCCACCUUCGCCCGCGCCACCGACCCCAAGCAAGUCGCACUACGAGAAGCCGCCCUGCCAGAGUGACGAGGCCCAAGCUGAGGUAGAGGGUGCUGGCGGCAGUGUCUGCGCUCCGCACUGUGACUCCGGCUCCUGCCCCAGCGACACGCCCGAGGGAACCACGGCCAAGCCCAUGUGCAUCCUCCAGGACAGCAGCUCAGGAAGCAAGUACUGCGCCCUGGCCUGCAUCCUCGGCGGCUGUCCUGAGGGCUCCAAGUGCGUCCACCUCUCCAGUCUGCUGGGAAUUUGCAUCUAUCCCGAUGCCGAGGCAACCAGCAAGAAGAUGUCUCUCGCAGUGGAUUCCACGGAGAUCUCGAUCUGA